AUAAUAGUGGGAUUCCACAAUCUUUGGUUAGAAAGGAACGCCAGGACUCUCUCCCCUCUCCCUCCCACGGCGCUCCCGCGAGCGCCUGGGGGAACCCUAAUCGCCGCCGCUCCUCACCUCCUCCCUCUGUCCUCCUCCCCUGCCGCCGCCCAACUGGCAAAGCCCGGCUGGCAAGGGCGGCAGCGGGGCCUUCGUCUCCCCUCCGCGCGAGAAUCAUGGCUGGCGCGGGUCGGCCGCUCGUCCGGGGGCGCUGGCCUACGGCGGGGGCCAGCGGCGCGGCGGCGUUGAUCCGGAUCGACAGCGAGGGCGCCUAGUGGCGUCGCAGCGGCAGCUGGCCGGACAUUUGCGGUGCAGCGGCUGCGGCGGAUUCGGAUCGGGCGCUCAGGCCAGAUCGGGCGGGGGCGGGCCGGCACGCACCUGGCGGGGGCGGUGUGCGUAUGGCGGCGGUGGUGCGCACUUGGUGGCGGCGGCCCCGUCCAGAUCCGAUCUGGUCUGGCGUGCGUGUGGGCGUCGGGCGGCGCGGGGGUAGGCUGCGGCCUGGUGGGGUCGUGGUGAUGGCCGUGGACCAAGGCGGCACGCCUACUGCUGCUGCUGGUGGCGGUGGUGGUCGGCCAGAUCAGCUCGGAUCUGGCCCAUGGCCGCCGGCGGGUGGCUCGGGGCUGGCCCUCGGGGUCCCGGUGUGGAUGUGGUCUGCCACGGAGUGGUGGUGGCUCAUGGCGAUGGUCCGGGCCGUUCCACGGCGGCGGCCGGUCUUCUCCGGCGUCGGCCUGUCGGCGAGCGGCUCGCGAGGUGGCAGUAUCCAAGAUAAAGACAUCGUCGUGGUUUAGUGAGGAACGAGCAAAUGGAACCUGAAUAAACAAGACACUGGAGGAUUAGUUCUUGAUAUGUAUUUCUGAAAGCACCGGAAGAAAGGAAAUGUAUUACACCUCUUUAACUCUGAUAGCUCUCUUUCCUUUGCAAAUAUACAGCCGUGUUUCAAAUU